AUGAAUAAGACAUCAAAUGAUCCUUUCUUAAGUAAGUUAUGUGUUGAUGAUGAUGAUGAAAACAACAUUGUAGAUGAUGACAAUGGGAGAGAAGUUGAAGUUAACAUACAAACUCAUUUUAUUUUUAAUGAGCCAUUACACUGGAAAAAACAAAAACCUAUUAUAUGGAUGGGAUUUAAGGUUCCAAGGAAAAGACGUUUGGUGAGGUGUAGCAAGGGUGCUUGCACAUUUAGAUUAUGGGCUUCUUGGAUGAGUGAUGAAGAGAGUUUUCAAAUCAACUCACUAAAAGUUGAUCAUAGUUGUGCUAGGAACUUCAAGUUUGGAUCAUUGGUGACAUAUGCAUGGAUUGGGAGUCACUAUGCCAAAGAGAUUGUACAAAGUCAGAAAAUAAGUGUAAGGAAGCUUAGGGUAAAGGUAAUGGACAAGUUUGGUAUCCAAUUUAGUAUGGGGCAAUGUAGAAGAGAAAAGAAGUAUGCAUUGAAUCUUGUUGAAGGUAGCCUUGUUGAACAUUAUGGCAAGCUAUGGUCAUAUGGUCAUGAGAUUUUAAGGACAAAUCCUGGGUCAAUUGUGAAACUAGAUAUGAGGAUGGUCCAGAUGGAAAGAAAUAUUUUAGGGGAAAUGAUUUGUGCUAUUGGGAGGGAUGUAAAUGACAAGAUAUAUCCUAUUGCUUGGGUAGUGGUUAAUGUGGAGAACAAGCAGAAUUAUAAGUGGUUUUUAGAGCUUCUCAUUGACGAUCUAAACUUGAAUUUAGGCAAUGAUUUCAGUUUAAUGUCAGACCAACAUAAGGGUUUGAUAGAGGUUGUUAAAGAGUUGUUGCCAUAUGUAGAGCACAGACAGUAUGCUAGACAUAUUUGCCAGAAUUUGCAGAAGAGAUUCAAUAGUGUCAUAUAUCAUACCUUGCUUUGGAGAGCAUCUAAAGCCACAACUGAGCAUGCUUUUAAAGUUGUGAUGAAGGAAAUCGAGACAUUGAACCCAGAUGCCCAUCAAUAUCUCAUGGAGAAAGAUCCCAAAACAUGGUAA